AUGUUCGCCGUGAUGCAAAUCGACGAGGAUCACACCAGGGAUUUUAGGCGUAAACUGCGCCCAAAGUGCGAGUUCGUCUGCAAGUAUUGCCAACGUCGGUUCACCAAGUCCUACAACCUGAUGAUACACGAGCGCACCCAUAAAAGCCCCGAGCUGUCUUUCAGCUGCGAGGUUUGCGGCAAGAGUUUCAAAAGGCAGGAUAAUUUGCGUCAGCACAGAGAUAUACACUACAAUUCCAAUAAGGAGACCAUACGAUGGUGA